AAACAGGUUGCCCUGGAAGUGUUCAAAACCCAGGCUGGAUGAGGCUCUGAAUAACUUCCCUUUUGGUGUUCUCAUCAAGUAAGACACUUCCCUGCAGGUUGCUUGUUCUGUUUUCAGAUUCCGGGGUUGAAAGUAUUCCCAAGGAGGGGAGAAAGCUGAGCUGGAAUUCCUGAGCUGGGGUACGCUGGGAAAGCGUAUUUAGGACCGACUGCCUCAGGGACAGCCACGCAAACCUGAGUGUGCUCUUCCCUGUGCUCUUCCAGGUGGCCCAGGAGCUUGGACUGAGCCAGCAGUUCCCUUCCCACAUGUUUCCUCAACAGGGACUUUCCUCAAGAGCCCCUGAGGCAUGGCAGGAGGCAAAAGAACACAAAGAACGAUCCCAGAGUGGCGCAGAUAGAGCGAGCCGUAAACGGAAAGCAGGAAGCCUUGGAACUGUGUCCGGGACAAAAGCAGAAACACCAGCAGAGAGCGGCACAGGGCCAUUCCCGAGCGCUCCGCUUCACAUCCCUCUCUCUAGGCUCAGGGAAAUAGAAGCGGAGCUGAUUUGCGCCGACGAGGCGGACACUGAGUUCGAGUCUGGCGAGCCGGUGGCGCCAGCAGUGCCACCAGCAGUGCCACCAGCAGCGGCUCAGCCCCCUGGCCAAGCCCCAGGGGACAGCCGGUGGCACCGCGCUGGUGCAGGGCUGCAGGCGGCCCUGCGGGAAGGCAGCGCUCGGUGCCGGCAGCGGGAUUUUGCAGCGGCUGCGGCCAAGUUCUCCACGGCACUGGAGCUUUGCAGUAAAGGCUUUGCUAUAGAGGAUCCCUUGAAAUCCUCCCCAGAUGAUAUUUCCAGGCUUGCCAGUUGGAUCGAGUCAAAGCUCGUCGUCUGCUACUUAAAACUGGAGCAGCCUGGUCUUGCUCUGCAUCAUUCACACAGGAGCAUCAUUCAGAACCCCUCUCACUUCUGCAAUCACCUGCGCCAAGCCACUUGCUUUCGGUGCCUACACAGAUACUCGGAGGCUGCCAGGAGUGCCAUGGUCGCGCAGUGUCUGUAUGUCCUGGCUGAAGGUGCGGGGCUGGAGACCAGUGACCUCCUCCAGCUGUACUGGCAGGCUAUGAUUCAAGAAGCCAUCCGUGGAGAAAGUUCUUUUUCGGCUCUGUAUACACCUUUUGAGAAAGAGGACAAGGCUGACAAAAUAAAGGAGGCAAACAAAACCUUUGCUGAGAAGCACCCUGACUAUGUACAGCACAUAUUUACAGAUCCUCAUGGAAUUCACCUGUUGCCAGAGAAGGCUGAAUCUCAUCCUGACCAGCAGUACUUACUGACUCUGGGCUUUAGAAACAAAGAGAUUGGAAAAACUGUGGAGAAGUUUGUAACUCGAAAACUGCCAGUCUUUCCAGGACAGAAAAUAACUUUCAGUCCCAGCAUGGAGGAAGCAGCAGAAACAUUUUGGCAGAACACUGGGGAAAGGAUCAUGGCAGCCAUGGCUUUUCUAGGAAGCACCAAGAUAAAGGAUGAGCGUGGCCCGUGUGCACAGGCCAUUGAGCAGUUCCAUCAUGCCAGCCUGCUCAGCCACCUGCAGAGAGGGGAGGAACAGGCCCAGGUAAUGACCCAGGCGAUGGCUGAGCUGGCAACUGUUCCCUACCUGCAGAGAGUCUCUGAGGAGGAUGACAAGCUGCUGCAGUCACUGAUGGCAGAUGCCAUGGACAUCCUGGCUGGAAGAACUGGGGAGCAUGUGUGGACUAAAAUACAGAAGGUGGCACUAAUUGAAGAGUACUUGAGGGAAGGAGAAGAGCAUUACUUAAGAACUCCACGUGUGCAAAUACCUGGAAUGGAAAACAUCAACUGGACUCCAAGGGGACAGAAAUACUUGAGACUGGAAAAUACAAACAUGUUCAUUCCCAACCCACGAAGCUUAGCCACGGGUCCAAAAAAAAGACACAUUGUUUUUGCAAAAAGUUGAUUUUGUAGGUAUUUUGUCGCCAUUCAUACCAAUUUGAUAGAUGUUAAUCUUAUUUUACAUUGUAUUAACUUGAAGUUGCAUUAAUUUAAAUUUAAAUUGUAGCCAAUUGUAUUAAACUAUAUAAAUUUAACUUGUAUUAGCUUAAAUUUAAGUGACAUUAAGUAGUAUUUACUUGCAUUAACUUUA